GGCCAGCCCUGCCCCCUCCUUCCUGGUCCUGAACCUGGACUGGGAGGUCUUCCUGGAAGGGUCUGGCGGCUUUGAUCCCUGGGCUCUUCCAUCCCUGAGCCCAGGGCCUAGAGGGAGGAGGGGCUCCAGUUACAGUGUCCCUUCCCCUCCACUCUCCGCCCCUCAGUGACCCUCAUGGCCAGUGUCUCCGUGCUCCUGGGCCUUGGCCCCUCCCCUCUCCCCGCCCUGAGCUGACCACAGAGGGACCAGGCGGGGGAGGGGCCGGCACCACAUGCACGGCCUCAGAGCGCGGAGACCCAGAACCCACCCAGCCCCUGGCACCAGGGUGUCGAGACGGAGCAUCUGCUGUGGGCUCUGGCCUCAGGGACCAGAGGGGAGCCCAGGGGAUCGGCCAGGGGCCUGAGAGCAGGGGCGCAACCCAGGCCUGGGACAGUGGAUGCCUGCCGGGAGCAGGCUCGGCAGGGGCUGAGGAGGGGCUGGCGGCCACACACCCCCCCUGGGCCUGGCAGCCCCAUGCGGGCCCCAAGGACGCUCCUGCUGCUGCUCCUCAUGGUUGUACUGACCUUAGGGGCCAGCCUGCCGCCGGGGCCCAGGAGCCACCUAGGCAUGUGCCCCAACGAGCUCAGCCCCAAUCUGUGGGUGGACGCCCAGAGCACCUGUGAGCGAGAGUGCGUCGGGGACCAGGACUGUGCGGCCGCAGAGAAGUGCUGCAUCAACGUGUGCGGACUGCAGAGCUGCGUGGCGGCCCGCUUUCCCCACAGUGGCCCAGCCACACCUGCACCAGUGGCCUCGUGUGAGGGCUUCGUGUGCCGUCAGCAGGGCUCCAACUGCGACAUCUGGGACGGGCAGCCUGUGUGCCGCUGCCGCGAUCGCUGUGAGAAGGAGCCCAGCUUCACCUGCGCCUCUGACGGCCUCACCUACUACAACCGCUGCUACAUGGACGCUGAGGCUUGCCUGCGUGGCCUCCGCCUGCACGUUGUGCCCUGCAAGCACGUCCUAAGCUGGCCACCCAGCAGCCCAGGGCCACCCGAGACCACUGCCAGCCCGAUGCCUGGGGACGCCCCGGUGCCACCUGCCCUCUACAGCAGCCCCUCCCCACAGGCGGUGUAUGUCGGGGGCACAGCCAGCCUCCACUGCGAUGUCAGCGGCCGCCCGCCGCCCGCCGUGACCUGGGAGAAGCAGAGUGACCAGCGGGAGAACCUGAUCAUGCGGCCGGAUCAGAUGUACGGCAACAUGGUGGUCACCAGCAUCGGGCAGCUGGUGCUCUACAACGCCCGGCCUGAGGAUGCCGGCCUCUACACCUGCACCGCACGCAACGCCGCUGGCCUGCUUCGGGCCGACUUCCCACUCUCUGUGGUCCUGCGGGAGCCAGCCAGGGACAGGGCCCCCAGUGCCCCUGCCCCGGCAGAAUGCCUGCCCCACGCACAGACCUGCGCCGGCCCUCCCUCCGGCCACGUACUCUGGCACUUUGACCCACAGCGGGGCGGCUGCAUGACCUUCCCAGUCAGCAGCUGUGAUGGGGGCACCCGGGGCUUUGAGACCUACGAGGCGUGCCAGCAGGCCUGCACCCUUGGCCCUGGGGACGCCUGCGUGCUGCCAGCCGUGCAGGGCCCCUGCCAGGGCUGGGAGCCACGCUGGGCCUACAGCCCGCUGCUGCAGCAGUGCCACCCCUUUGUGUAUGGUGGCUGCGAGGGCAACAGCAACAGCUUCGAGAGCCGCGAGAGCUGUGAGGAGGCCUGCCCCGUGCCGCGUACCCCGCCCUGCCGGGCCUGCCGCCUCCGGAGCAAGCUGGCACUGAGCCUGUGCCGCAGUGACUUUGCCAUCGUGGGGCGGCUCACUGAGGUGCUGGAGGAGCCUGAGGCGGGCGGUGGUGGCAUCGCCCGUGUGGCCCUGGACGAUGUGCUCAAGGAUGACAAGAUGGGCCUCAGGUUCUUGGGCACCAAGUACCUGGAGGUGACGCUGAGUGGCAUGGACUGGGCCUGCCCAUGCCCGAAUGUGACGGCUGGGGACAGCCCACUGGUCAUCAUGGGUGAGGUGCGAGAUGGCGUGGCUGUGCUGGAUGCUGGCAGCUACGUCCGCGCUGCCAGUGAAAAGCGUGUCAAGAAGAUCUUGGAGCUGCUCGAGAAGAAGGCCUGCGAGCUGCUCAACCGCUUCCAGGACUAGCCCCACCUCUGCCCUGCACUCUGCCCAGCCUGUUCUCCCGUCCCUGAAUACAAGCAUGUCCCUGGACCUUGGGGCCUGCUGGUGCUGGGCCUUCUGGGGGUCCUGACCCCGGCAGGAGCCCCCAUGUGGAGCCUUGGUCCUUCCCCUAUCCAGCCUGUUCUCCAGCUGCGGUUCUGCCACAGUCUGGCUCCAGUCCGAGGUCACCAGGGAGCACCACUUCCCUCCUGGGGAGCUUCCUGUGUCCCUGCAGGAGCACGAGCCAGGACCAGCCCGAGGUGGGCACCACCUCCCGUGGCAGGAGGCGAGGCAGCUGGCUCAGUGCUGCCUGAGCAGUCCCUGGACCCUCGCUCCCUCCUCUGCUGCCUGAGAGGAGCAGCAGGGUCCAGGACACCCCCAAGCCCUGACCCCAUAGGCGAGACACCUCCUGCCCCCUGCAUGGAACCCACAGAGACAGCUUGCCCAC